CCGAAGAGAGUCAAACAGGUGAGGACACCAAGGAAGGCGUCAGAGCCACCAGCCAGGCACAGAUCUGAAGUCGGAUGUCAUCCAUGUCGCCGCCCUGGCGUGUUGUUCUCGUGCAGUUUGUCCGAGCGUUGCGUAGCUGUAGAGGCUUCUGUGGUUCGAAGCAGACCCCUUUUUGACAGAUCACUUGCUGCCACACGCAGAGGUCAGGAAAUGCACACAGGGGCUGCAGCACUCUGUGUGUGCACGAGGGGAGAUGCGAAUUGAUUGUUGUUCGACUGGUGUGGCUGUGCAGGCUGGAGUGCCGUCGUGGUGUAGGCAGACAGUCAAACAGGUGAGAGUGCUUCAGUGAAUUAAUUCAAAGAGGUCGAGCUGUUUGUGGGUGUGCUUGUGUGAUGGGUGCAGGGUUGGUUGUUCUGAUUGCUGUGACUCGUGCACUCGCCCACGAUGGAUGGCGCUGAAGCCGUAAGCAAAGACAGAGCGCAUCAACAUGAUCACUUCACCCAAUGAGCCUGCCUUUCGAUACGUACACAUUCUGUGUGCAGGCUGCUGCUGCCGCUGCCCCUAUCGACGUGUCAGGUGACUGCACACCUGAUGGGUGACUGGCUGCGUGAACGCAAGAUUCCUUGUUUGCAGGCACGGACGAGUGGUCUUGAGGCGUCGAGCGCGUUCAGGGGACCGUCAUCGACACGGAGCGGACCUGGCCGCAGCUCAAGAAGGCCAGCAAGGGAGCUGUGGACCAAGCACCUCCUGGGCUUCUCGAUGUCAAGAACUUCGAUGGAGAACACUACUACUGUCUGGCCCUGCCAAUCAAGCUGGUGGGGAGUGUGGACAUCUGUGUGUGCACCGGCAUGAUCAGUCGCCUGUGUGUAUCACUGUGUGUGUGUGUGUGUGUGUGUCGUCAGCAGGACCGUCAGGGUGGCACUUCGGUGGAUCACCUCACUGUGGUUGUGGCCAGAGAGCUUCGCGGCAAAGUGACCGACGAGCAGAUGAAGAUCAUCAUCUACGACAUGCUGACGCGCGACGACACCGAGCUGAUUAAGACUCAGGAGAUCCUGGACGAGCAUCACCCUCUCCACAGAAGUGCCUCAGAGCGAGCAAAGGACGGAUACGCCUACAUGGCUCUCGCGAAGCACGCCAUACCAAGACACACAGCCAUCGGUAGGCGGCUGACGUUGUGAGGAAGGGGUGUCGGUGCAUAGGUGUGUGUCUUCUUUCUUAGGCCUGUACGGUGGAUCGCUGGACCUGACGACAAGCAGGCAACGCAAGCCGGACAACUACAACCGAUUCUACAUUUAUGACGUGGGUGCGUACCAGACAAAAAAGGGCAACAACGUGUUUGAGCUGGAUGGCUUUAAAUUCAGAAGUGCUACCGGUAAGUCGGAAUAGGUCAUUGGUAAGUACCACUGGUAAGUCAGUCAGUCAGGCAGACAGGCAGGCAGGAUCUUCUUAAGAUGAGUCGCUCAGUGUCUUCCUCUGUGUGUCUGUCUGAUGUCUGCUUCGUUCAGGCAUGAUGAAUGACCCGCGUGGCAUGACGCGCAUGAGGGGGAAGAAAGUUAACGUGGUGGCUCAGCCUUUUGAGCUGUUCGGCGUCCCCUGCAUCAGCCACAUCGCACUCAGGGACAUCGACAAGCACGAGGUACUCACACACGACACCCACACACUGAUCAAAAGACGCAUGAUCGAUCGCCUAACAAUCGCUUGGUCGCCUCACAGGAGGUUUUGGUGAACUACGGGGAGACCUUCUGGGGGAGUCAUGACUGGAAGGCUCACCAGGAGAAGAAGGUAGGUUGGUCCACACCUAUUACAAGCCCGCACAUCGGUGUUUUGUCUUCUCUCUGACUCAUUCAGUUGCGGCACGAAAUGGAGGAGUUGCAUGAGCUGAGAGAACGACUCCAGCUGCUAUCUCGUGUCAAGCAAGAAAGAGAUACUGCAAGUCGUGAGAGAGAUGGUACGUGGUCUAUUCCGGUGCCGACCGAUCAUUCUGUGAAAUUGUCUGUGCGCAGAUUUGGAACAGGGGGUGGCUGACAAGGAAGAGCAGAUUGCGGCUCUGGAGCAGCAGCUGGAGCAGUUGGCGCAGCUGCAGCGCCCCGCCAAGAGGUCUAUUGGCGUCGGCCCCGAAGGUACAGAGGCUCUCUGCAGUCAAUUCAUGUGUGGCUGCUGACGUCUCGUCUUUCGCACGUAGAUGUGUUACCUGACGGUGAUGCCACCACCUUCAAGAAACGACGUCAGGAUGAGCACAAUGGGCCACAGCCGCCACCACCACGAGCAGGAGAGGGAGGGGCCAGCAAUGGCGAGAAGGGCAGCAUUCCUAUGGGCUUCAUGCGCUAUCCGAGUGGCGCGUACCACAAGGUGGUGCAGGAGAGCAGCGGCAGAGUGCCGACACCCAGCGACCGCGUCAGGUUCGACGAGAUCGGGUGGGAUGAUGGAUUCGACGGCCGGGACGAAGUAUUCUAUGGCCGUGGGCUGGUGGGUCGUGUGUCUGAUUUGCCUGAGUGGGAGCGUGAGGCGGUGCGUCGAUGAGGGAGGGCGAGACGAGGCAAAUCAUACAACCACCCGGAGUCUACGUUCAGCUGCGGUUGAUCAGCAUAGAGUAGGAGAGAGUACGUGUGGGCGGCUGUGAGUGUGUCACAUACUCGUGUCUGUAUGUGUGUCAGUGUGGCCAGUGGUGGCGGUGCGCCGGUGGGGACAGCAGCUGCCGGCACUGCUGGACCGCAGCCGAGCGGCACGCAGCAGCCGGCCAUCAACACCACCGCAGCACAUCCCCCCAGGUUCAAAGGGCAAAGGAGGACGGACGAAACAGACCUCGCCGUCUGUCAUGUUUGGUCCCUUCCUUUGCAGCGACAGUGAUGGCUUCACUGUGAACGCAUUAGGCAAUCUGUAUCGCGUGGUGCAGGAGGGCACCGGCAGAGUGCCGACAGUCAACGACCAAUACGUCGAGUACGACUGGCUUUCGUGGCGUGAUGCAUUCGACGGCCAGGACAUAAUCGACGAUGCCCGUGGGGUGGUGGAGUGUGUGUCUGAUCUGAAUGUGUCUUAUCGGUGUCAGUGGCUGAGUGAGGCAUUGCUGUCAAUGAGGGAGGGGGAAGUCAGGCAGAUCAGACAACCAGGCUUUCCACCCGCUUACGUUCAGCUGCGGUUGGUUAGCAUAGAGUAGGACAGAGUCCACACACACAUGGGGGCGGCUGUGUGUGUCACACACCCAUGUGUGUGGUCGGGGGCUCUUCACUUGUUGACUGGCUGCCUGUGUGCCUCGGCUGUUGAGCGAAGGAGGGAAUGAGCUGUCUGUUUGUCGCAGCAGCUAUCUGGGUGGACCAUGGCGUGGAUGUGUGUGUGCGUAUCGCCUCUGUUUCCUUCACUGUCUGAGUGUCUGUCUGUCUGCCAUGACUGAAGGAGAGGAGUGAGUGUUGUCUCUGUGUGCGUGUGCCGGCUGUCAUGUGUGAAGACAGAGGGCAGCGCAGAAGAGGCCCUUUUGUCUGCGACAGAGGAAAGGCGCUCACCAUCGUCACGUGUGUGGAUGCAUUGAGCAGACCAUGACGCCCUUCUGCGUCCUCCAAUCUGCCUGCCUGCCUGUCUGUCUGCCUUUGUGACCAGUGGACAACACAUUUAGUUAUGAUUGAUCGCCUCCUUGACAGUGAAAUAGCGCGCCAUUCAGUCUGUGCCACAUCAAUC